AUGUUAUCAACCACUAUAACAGCAUACAAUGUAAAAUUAGAAAAAAUAAUAAAACGUAGCGAACGCGUAGAAAAUAAUAUUCUAGGACUUGAUAAGAGACAACAAAGAUCACAAUCGUUGGCUGCUUCUGUUGCAGCACCUGUUUCUACUCCUGUUUCUGCUCCAGUUUCUGCUGCUACUCCUGUUUCACAAGCAUCGAUUAACUCCGUCGCUCCAGCAAUUACUCAGACUUCUGCCAGUUCAACUCCCGUUGCAAGUUCUACACCAGUUGCUACUCCAACUGCUAAUAGACCAAUACCUCCAAACGCGCAGCCUUUGCCAUCUUCAACAGCUAUAAACAAUGUAGCAGCUCCACAAACGAAUGUAAAUAUUCCGACAACGCUUCCCGCUUUUCCUAAUUCCGGAAAUC